GAGAGAGAGAGAGAGACUGGAAGUGACAGCUAAGGAUAUUGUAUCCAACGCUGGGCUUCUCUCCAGCACCUUGUGGAGCCCAAAUGGAUAAUCAUGCACUGUCUGCCUCUCCUAUAACAUCCUACAUGUUAGAAGACCAAAACAACAGCUACUAUUUGCACACAGUUAUCCUGAACUGGUGAAAUAAGAGAGAAGUAGAGGCGUCUUUCCCAUGGGAACUGUUUAAAAGAUCACGUCGAAGAACACAGCAUCCUAAUGAUCGCUCAAGAGCAAGUAUCAUAUGUUCCACAAUUUACAGGAGUUGAGGCACAAUGCAUCCCUGGCCAACAAAGUCUUCAUCCAGAGAGACUACAGUGAGGGAACCACCUGUAAGUUCCAGACCAAGUUCCCCUCUGAGCUUGAGAGCAGGAUUGAACGAACUCUAUUUGAGGACACCGUGAAAACACUCAAUAACUACUACACAGAAGCAGAAAAGAUCGGAGGCCAGUCUUACCUGGAAGGCUGCCUGGCUUGCGCCACAGCAUAUCUUAUCUUCCUCUGCAUGGAGACACGCUAUGAGAAGGUGUUGAAGAAGAUUGCCAAGUACAUUCAGGAGCAGAAUGAAAAGAUCUAUGCUCCCAGGGGUCUGCUCAUUACUGAUCCCAUCGAGAGGGGAAUGCGAGUUAUAGAGAUUUCCAUCUAUGAAGACAGGGGCUCCAGCGGCUGCAGCUCAGGGAGCAGUUCUGUGUCCAGCAGCACAGCUCGAUGACUGGGUACAUCUGGCAAAACAAUGUCCCUCUGAUCACUCAUAACCCUCGAGAAGAACUUUUGGACAUUUGAACCGUUCCUACCUGUUUCCAUGGCUUCACUUUGCUAACACAAAGAGCCCACAAGAUGUUACCUAAGAAAGACGUAUUUCUCCUCUGCUGCGUUUACAUUAUCGGUAGUUAUAAGGUAUUUCGAACAUGCAUAAUGUGCACUUUAGUCAUUCGUUGAAAUGAACAAAAGAUUAUUACUGGUUAUUUUUGAUGUGAUUGGACUUAGGUUUCUUUCUGUAUUUUUUUUUCAGUGAUGUGUUAUCUCACAUGUGAGAGGACGGAAGCAAGUAGUUGUAUUCAAACCACAAAACUUGUGAGAAAUUAAACCGGAAGUAGACCGACAUUCAAAAUAACUAACCAGGCACAAUCACACCGGCUUUUAAAUAUUUUAUACAUGGCUUUGACAUUAAAGUGUGAGUAUACUGUACAUAUCACCCAACCUUACCAAGAUCUCGACGCUAUAAAUCAAAACCAAGUCCAGAUAAUAUCAAGACACUGUAUCACGUUGUCUCGUAGCAGAUGAAUGACAUUCAUCCAUGUAUGUAAUGUAGCAAGUCUUCCAUUUUCAACAUACAAGGCCUAUAAAUGACUAAAUUCACAGGUGUUUAAAAUAAAACCUGUUUCUCUGA